AGAAACUAAUUAAAGACACACCAGGCAAAAAUAAAGAGAGAGAGAGAUACACUCAUUAUAGUACCCAGUGCAGAGAGAAAAGUCUUUAUUAAAAUUGAUUCUUUUUUUUCUCCACACUGAUAAUAGGCUUUAUUAUUUCUGUAAGCCUAAUUGGUCUGCAUUUUUGGGUUUGCAUUUCAAUAGUUCUAAUUAGUCCUAACUUUUCACCAUGACAAAGCAGGGCAUGGAGAGGGAGCUCGUGCACUCGAGUAAACAAGUAAAUAAACAAGUCGCAUAUUUAUUUAAAGCCUGCCUGAAUAGUCGGAUUCAGCCUGCUGAAUGAGGACAAUGCAGGAGCAACUUGUCGGAUUAGUUCACGGAUGCCCUUUGCAUGCAUGACAAGAGGCCAGGAAAAAAAGAGGAGGGGGAGGGGGGGGGGAAUAUUCAGCAGGAUUAACUUUAAUAGCCUUACCUUCUUUUUUUUUAUUAUUAACACUUAUUUUAAACUUCUGCGCGUAUAAAUGAGAUUACUGGCAAGCUGACUGCUUUCUCAUAAUGCCGCUCAGCCGGCUGAAGGAAAUGAGCGGGCUGAGGAGGGAAUUAAUAAAAGAGCUCAUUUUCUACCUGGUGGGUAAAAAUAAAAGGGACACACUGGUGAAGGGGCUUUUUUUUUGUCUCUCCAAAAUAACGAGCUUGGAGGGAUUCCGUGUGGGUAAUAGAUAACGCCCCGGUGGUCACGGUCGCGGCGCGUCAUUUGGACACACCUGUAAAUCGACCUGCUGCCCCUUGUGGUGCGCCCUGGACCUAUUCAGAUGGUAAAAAAAAAGUUGGACCGGUUUUAAUCAGUGACGUGUUAGUUUUUUUUUUUUUUUUAAAGGAAGGCACGGGACACUUCGAGUCUCAUUUGCUCAGAACAUUCCUUCAGACCAGCUUGGAGAUCUUUGUUUCCUUCCUUCUGGGAAACAUGGCGAGUGUGAGCGCGCAUCCCCAGAGCCGACACUCUCUCUUUACUAUUGACCGCAUCCUGGGACUGGACCGAGAUGAGCAGAGAACCACUGUUUACACUCCUCACCGCCCCUGGACUGACGCUCAACCAACGAAAAACGACCGCUUCAUAAAGGCAGACGCCUCUCGGGAGGUACCUGUGAUGGAGGAGAGGAAAAGUGAGGCACCAGUGGAGAGCUGCAGGCGUUCACUCAACUGGUGCAUCGGACGGAGACCCAGAACUGCCUUCUCCAGCUUACAGAUCGAGAUACUCGAGAGUGUGUUUCAAGUCAACUCGUACCCCGGGAUCGAUGUCCGAGAGGAGCUGGCUCAGAAGCUGCAUAUCGACGAAGACAGAAUACAGAUCUGGUUCCAGAACAGAAGAGCAAAACUGAAGCGCUCCCAUCGAGAGAACCAGUUCCUGAUGGUGAAGAAAGUCAUCAAUGGACUCCAACAGUGAUUGUUUAAAGAAGAAAAUUCAGAUUUCUGUUUCUUGUCAUAUUAUAAUAUAUUCUGUUUUUGACUUAUUUUCAGAGUGCAAAUCAAUAACUUAUGUCUUUUAUCUAAUAAGCAGCUGAUUAAUUAAAAUGUAGCUG